CUCACUAUAGCCCGUGCUGCUUGGAACUUUUUGUUCCGGGUAACGAAUCUUGAACAACAACAGCAGCAGUAGGUGCGUCGCCAGGGAGUCCCGGCCGGCGCCUGUGUCGGCUCCUGUGGCUCAACCUUCACCACCACCAGUACGGGCACGUGAGGUUAGUGAUAAUGUCGGAAAUGGGAAAAGAGCUGCAGGGAGACUCAAGUUCAAAUUCCACAGGUAACAUAAUCAAGUCAGGUUACAUUGAUGUUACCAAAAGACAGAAUGAAGAUGGUACGAAGUCAUCAUUCUCCAAAGCUUUCAGCAAUUUGAAGAAUUCGGAGUUCUAUGAAGAACCUCCACCAGAAAUUAAAGCAGCUGCAGAAAGCUGUGCCAAGUUGUCAGGAGCAGCAACAAAGCCUUCUACAAAAAACUGUGUUAUGGUUAGCUCCAGGCAAAGAGGCAACCCAAUACUUAAGUUUAUUCGUAAUGUUCCAUGGGAGUAUGGAGAUAUAAUUCCUGACUAUGUGAUGGGAGCCACUACCUGUGCCAUGUUUCUAAGUCUGCGUUACCACAAUCUCAACCCAAACUACGUUCACGACCGACUCAAGCAGCUCGGCCGUCAGUAUGAGCUGCGUGUACUGCUUGUUCUUGUUGAUGUAAAGGAUCCACAUCAUGAACUAAAGCAACUGACUAAAAUUUGUGUGAUGGCAGAUAUGACUCUUAUGCUAGCAUGGAACCAAGAAGAGGCAGGACGCAUUAUUGAAGUGUACAAGAUAUUUGAGCACAAGCCACCUGACCUUAUAAUGGAAAAACAAGAUGCGAAUCCAUACUCUAUGCUUAUUGAUUCCCUGACAUCUAUAAAGUCCAUCAAUCGCACAGAUGCCAUGACUUUGUUAUCAAAUUUUGGCUCACUAGAGAAGAUUGUGCAGGCAAGUGAGGAUGAAUUGUCGAUGUGUCCAGGCCUGGGUCCUCAGAAAGCAUCGAGGCUUUACAAGAUCCUACAUCAACCCUUCAAAAAAGUAACAAAUAAAAAUAAGCUGGAGCAGCAUCUUUCCAGUAGCUCCAUAAACUUAAGAACUUCACAUAUACCUGAAGCUCCAGCUGGUGAAAAGUUGAAUGUAUGACAAUGAAAAUACAAAUUUUAUGAUUUAAAUAUAUUUUGAAAUUAU